CAAUGUCGUCCAUCAACCUUCCAUCCUUUCCAAUGAUGGUCGGAACCGUCCGGUGGUGCAAACUCAUCGGUCUCUGGGACGGAACCGGUUCUGCAAGAUAUCACCCGAGGACACUGACGCUGCUGCUGGCGCUCAUCUUCUGGUACAUCUUGCCGACCUGUAUGUUUGUUCUACGCCGCCAGGACCGGCCCCUGACGCUGGUUAUGAAGGCCGUCCACGAGGUGAUGGCGAUGACCGCCUUUGUGCUGCGGAUCUCUGCCCACGCACUGAGCCGUUCAACGCUGGAAAAGUGCUUCUACGAGGUCCAGGGUGCCCUCGACGAGUUCGCACGCAAUGGUCAACUCAGUGAGGAUAUGAGGAAGCACCUGGAACGGGCGGAUGUGGUUCUGGCGAGGUACUACAUCCCUGGGAACUUGUUUGGGAUAUUCCUGUACGGUGGCCUGCCGGGAGUACUGGCGAUUGGUCGGUUUGUGUUCACUGGGUAUGCUGAGGAACUUCCGGCGACCGUCCUAGAGGCAGAUUACGUGCUCUUUGAUCAUCAGUCCAACUUUUGGAUCUGGCUGCCGACGCUGAUCGUUUCGGUCGCCGUUCAGUACGGAAUGAUCAUCGGGAUUACCGCGAACGAGACGUUCUGCUGGAACCUGAUCCACCACGUGUCCUGUCUGUUCAAGAUUGUGUCCGCUAGGGUGGCCCGGCUGGAUGAGUUUGAAGAAGAGGAGGCUUACCAGCAGGAGCUGGAGGCUAUUCUGGAGACGCAUCUCGUUUGCUACAGGAGUGUUUGCUACCUCGAAAAGGCUCUCUACCUUCAGAUGGCGGUACUGUACAGUGCUUGUGUUGCUGUCACCUGUUUCGUUCUGUUUGUUGUUAGCAUUGUUGAUGACCUAUUUCUGCUCGCAAUGAUGGCCUUCGUGUUGAACUACCACGUUUUUCUAAUAUUUUCAUUUUCCGUGCUGGGGAGUGAGUUGAUGGAUGCGAGCACCUCGGUUGCGGAGGCAAUUUACAACAUAAAAUGGUACAAUCGAUCGAUUUCAGAGCAACGUUGCCUCCAGUUUAUGAUUUACCGGUCACAAAAUGCGAUAUUCAUUACGGCUGGAAAGUUUUUCAAACUAACUCGUGCCACAUUCAUGGUGGCUAUGAAAACGGCGUUUUCAUACUUUACAAUCAUGCAACAGCUCUACGCAGAGGAAUGAAAAAUGAUCUGAAGUGCCCAAAAUCAUGCUAGUCUCACACAGCAAAUAAAUUAGAAGUUUAGAUUAA